AUGACAACAACUCCUGCCGUCAGACUCGGAUUCGGUAUAGCGAUACUCUGCAUUGGUGUAGUUCUCCUGCUGCUAUGGACUCUCUGGUGGAUGUAUCGCUCAAGCAAAGAAUCCAUCGAGCAUGGCCGAGGCCAAUUGCCAUGGGAAGGAUACAUAGGAGAUGCUAUGGGUGGACGCGUCCCUGCUAUUAGAACCAUACGAGUCGUGCAGACUAUUCUGUCGGUAGUUAUAAUGGUGGUGGGAGUCGUGCUGAUAGUGCUCGAUAUUGAAUUGAAUCAAGAAUUCACUACUAGUACUCUCAGGCCCCUUUCAACUCAUGUCCAAUUGUUUCCCAAAUGGAAUCCUUCUGUGAUUGCUUUGCCGUUUAUUCUCUCGGCAUUCUGUAAGGACAUCGGAUGUGGUGGCAGUGGAAGUUUACUACUGCGAGCAGGAGGUAGCAUCGUAUUGGAGUAUCUCAAUUCUAGAGGAUUUGAUUCCGCAAUGUCGGUAUAUACACCAGAGUGUGGGCUGACUGUUUCUACUCAGGUUCUAACUGAGCGUGAAAUAUGGGAAUUGCUACAUCUCGAACGUCCUGUUGGCACCAUGGCUAAGCUGAAACGAACCAUCGCAGACCACGACGACUCAACACCCCUCCUUGUUCGAAUUCUCGACGGUCUGGCCCGUCUAGGAGACCUGCUGCUUUCCAAUCGUGAAGUGCAGACAGAUCCCAGUCUUGUCGAGUUCUUUGAUAUGUGGACACAUUCCCAUUCUUCUUUCGGAGCAGACCUGACGGCCGGAAACGCAGAUGGUGAAUACGCUCAGCGAAUCGACGCAACACAUCCUCAUGCUCUGGUGCUUUAA